AUGUUCUUUCUUUCUUUCUCUUUUUAUACUUUCCAAACAUUUCUUUCUUUCUUUCUUUCUUUCUUUCUUUCUUUCUUUCUUUCUUUCUUUCUUUAUGUUCUUUUCUUUUCUUUUUUUUUUUUUUUUCUUUUCUUUUUUCAUUCUUUUAGUAGUAUAUUGAAUUAUUUGCUUUUUUUUAAUUCCGCCUUCCAUUUUUUCCUUUUUUUGUUUGUUUCUUUUUUUUUUUUUUUUUUUUUCUUUUUUUCUUCAAGCAAUAUUUUUCAUAUCUAUGUUCUUUCUUUCUUUCUUUUUCCAAACAUUUCUUUCUUUUUCUUUCUUUUUUUUCUUUUUUCUUUCUUUCACUUUUCGUUCGUUCUUCCAAACAUUUUUCUUUUUUUUUUCCUUCUUUUUUCGUUAAGUUUUUUUUUUCUUUUUUUUCUUUUUUCUUUUUCUUUGAGAAGCAAUAUUUUUCAUUUUUUUCUUUUGAAUAUUUUCCGUUUUUCCUUCUUCUAUUUUCUGACAUCCACGUUCUUUUUUUCGUUACUUUUUCUUUUUUUUUCUUUUUUUUUUUUCUUUUGUUUUGAUAAUUAUUAUCUAUUUUCUUUCUUUUUCUUUUUUUUUUCCUAUUUUCCAUUUCUUUCUUUCUUUUUUUUCUUUUUUUUCUUUUUCUCUUUUUUCUUUCUUUCAAAAUUUUUUAAAGUUAUUUUUAAAUUAUUUCUUUUUUAUUUUUUUUUUGUCCAUUUUUCUGCAAUUUUUUUCCACGUUUUUUUUUCGUUUUUUUCUUUUUUCUUUUUUUUUUCUUUUUUUUCCUUUCUUUGA